UGUCAUGUGGCUCUUUUGCAUACUUAGGGAAUUCCCUACUUUGUUCCCACACGUACUUACCUACAAUCCCAAUCCAAGCAUCCAAGCAGAAAUGGCUGACCUGAAGUUGGAGAAUGUUGAUAACAGUGAACUAGACAUAGAAGAUCUAGUGGAUGUUCUAGAAGCCAUGGAGGACGUCGCUGUUAAGUACAAACGUAUCGGAGCUGCUCUCCGUAUUAAAAACGGGGAGCUACAGAUUAUUGAGAAACAAAAUCGCCACGAUCCGAAGGCUGGUCUCAGUGCAGUCCUUGAAAAUUGGCUCAAUCUCAACUAUUCGGCAAAGAGGGGGGAAAUCCAACAGCCCCCGUCUUGGCGUAAGGUGGUGGAAGUCGUUGCCAAGAGCGUUGCGGGAGGUAACCACGCUUUGGCCAGGAAAAUAGCAUCCGAUCACCCAUAUAUACGUACUAUUGGCCCCCCAGUUGUCAACACUACCACUACAGAGGAAUUAUUAGGACCCACAGAGGAGGUCUCUCUACCGUCCAAUCAAACGGCUUUUAUGCCGUCGGCAAUGGCCCUCCCACAAGAACAAUCGCACAAUCUGUCCAGUGACAUGGAACGUGACAUGGCAGGCCUCAAUAUUUCAGCAAAUCCUGCUAAUCAAGUGGCUAGUACUGGCCAGCCGCAUGAAUGCUGGGAGGAGGAGGGUCAAGCUCGAACAAAUACUACUGAAGUAAAGAAAGCACUGAGGUUGGCAAACAAUCAAGAUAGCCCGAGCAUUCAGUCACAGCCACAAGCUACACCAUCGAGCACCGUUUAUCAGAGCAAUGUCGCUGAAGAGAACAAUAGAACAUUCUCAAAUGUGCAACAACCGCCAGUCAACAAUCCUCAACCGAUGGAAUAUCCCCUGCAGAGUAUGACCCACAACGAGCACCCCCAGCAACUACCCCCCACAGAGGCCGUGAUACCUACCUCCCCAGCAGCACUACCUGGUCCAGAUAGCGAGCUGGCCGGUGUACAUGCUCCACGUAGACAGGACACAGUUGCUGCUCAGCCUACUGACGAGGGUGUUUGUACUCAGUUGUUGAUUACGCCCACCGGUAAUGUACGCCGGACUGUGGCUAACAAAGACGAACUCGACUCACCUUCAAAACCUAUGCCAAUUUCAAUAGUAAAUAAUCCUAUCCCCCCUUCAGCUCAUGAGAAACAAGCCCCAGCAUCGUUUGAAGAAGCUAACACUGCUAAUACAAUUUCACAAGGCUCGAGUCAAACCUUUGUACAACAUCAACCACCUCCAGCGCACGGUGAGCCGCCUGUCUCAAGCUUAUCUCAACCACAACAGCUACGCACGGUUUUAUGCGGUGGAGGACAGCACCAAGUGAUGAACAAUCAGCAACCUCAACCAAGUGAAAUGCCCCCAAGACCUCCACCUCUUCAACAGGCACCUUAUCAACCGAACACCCAUUACAAUCCGGUGUAUUUGCAUGGACAGCCUAACCCACAAUUUAGUAUGCAACCCCAGCAUCCGUACAAUCUACAACAAAGCACAAUGAUGCCACAGCAGCAAUUGUACAUGCAUCCACCCACAAGUCUACCCUUCCCUCAGUCGUAUCCAGCUCAAUGGCAAUCACAAGUUCCUUUUGGCCAAUACCAUCCCUGGAAUCAGCCUUACCCUGGCUAUGGCUACCCUAUACCUCAACCACAUCCACUUCAAUACCCUCAAAACAUGCAAGCUGGACCUCCUAACAUGCAAGCGGGACAACCUAACAUGCAAGCGGGACAACCUAACAUGCAAGCGGGACAACCUAACAUGCAAGCGGGACCUUAUAAUAUGCAAACAGGACCUCAUAAUAUGCAAUUUGGACCUCCCAACAUGCAAGCAGGACCACCUACUACUGGUAAUCAGUUUGUACCACCCUCCUCUCAGAUGCAGCAGUCAACACCUGCUACAGUGAUCCAACACAUGCCUGGCGCUAUGACGGAGACUUCUGGUCCUCAAGCUACAGCCGAGGAAAAAGUUGGAACACCUCAGGAAGAGAUGAGCAGGGACAAAGGCGAAGUUCAUUUAGAGGCGGCAAUCGUACACAUGAACGACGGACAAGUCUUGACAGAUCGUGGUAAACGAGUCACUCAAUACGAUCCGUUUUCGAGAGAAAAGAAAUUCUUUAAAAUCAGGCUAACUUGUUGUGCAGCAGAGCCCCAAAGAACUGGACUGGAAAGAUAUCAAGUACCUGAUAAUGAAAAGUACGAUAUGACAAAUUUCCCUCAUGGGAUCGCUGUGAUUAUCAACAACAAGACAUUUAAGAGCGAGCAGUGUCGAUAUGGUACCGAUGUUGACUGUAGAGAUUUGGUUCUGACUUUUCGUUACCUUGGUUACAUUGUACUCGAGUACAAAGAUCUAUCUGCUAAAGAGAUCCAUGAAGUCAUCGACAAAGUACGCACCCUAGAUGAUCUCAAGUACAAUAAAGAACGUAUUCGUGAUCAUUCAAAAUUUGACAGCUUUGUGUGUUGUAUUUUGAGCCAUGGGGAGAACGGAGUGGUAUACGGUAUCGACAGCACGAAGGUUCAAAUUACACACUUAACCUACAAACUCAGAGCUGACGUUUGUCCGUCAUUGGCUAAAAAACCGAAACUAUUCUUCAUUCAAGCAUGUCGAGGCCCUCAAGUUGACGGAGGCAGCGAUAGCGAUGAUUUUUUGAUAGCUAAAAAAGAUGAAACUGAAUUUUCUGCAGUUACUGAUGCUUCAGUAUCUAAAGUUGCCGAUUUUUUCGUUGGUUAUUCCACAUCAGCCGAUUUCGUUUCUUUCCGUGAUAAGGAAAAAGGGACUUGGUAUAUUUGGGAGCUGUGUGAUGCGCUCUGCUCCCUCAGCACCAGUCGACCCCUGAGGGACAUAAUGGACGUGGUACAUGAGAAAGUGAACACUGAACAUUCAUUCUGUGAACACAGACAAGCUCCCAUCUACGAAACAAGCCUCAGGAAGAAAAUAUUUUUCUGGACAUUGUAAUUUAUUAUAAUAAUAUUAUGGCAUAUCCUGGUUAUUUAUAAUUAUAACAAUUAUACUUUUUGUAUAUCGUAGAUCAAUUUUAUGUGAAUAGCUUAUAGAGUGAUUUUGUAUACAAUCUUCUGACAUUUAUAAUUAUAUUGAAAACGUCAA